CUCUGUAUUCCAGCUGAAAAUAUUGACAUUAAUCGAAUAUAACUUAUCACGACCUUUAACAUUGUAUGGUCUUGCUGAAUAUCAUUCUAUGUAUAUAUUUAUAACUGACAAAGACUGAGAGACAUUACGACAUGUACAUAAAGGAUUCAUGAGUACCCGUGUGAAUCUAAAGUGGUUGACAUCGAGUGAUCUGCACCGCUUUGACAAAAAGUUGGUAAAAAAACGUCUGCCACUGACACCUUGCUCGGAUGAAGCAGCUGCACCCAUGGAUGUAGCCUGGAGAUGGUCUUCAGUAAUGCACCAGUGACUUGACAACUGAUUCAAAAUGUUUGCUAAAAUUGACACAAAGAAAGGUCAGUUUUUGGAACAGACCAAAGCAGCCAGAGCUGAAAGAGCACAGGAGAGGGUGAAAGAAAAGGCUGCACAAAAGAUACAGGCUGUGGCUAGAGGCUUCCUAUGCAGACAGAGGUUCAAGAAGGGAAUAAGCCACGAUGUUGACAAGCUUCUCCAGAUACCAGGUGACAAAGAGGAAGAAUAUAAACCCACACUCUUGCCGGCCCUUGAGGUGUUCCAGACCAUCAAGAAGUAUUUCUUUGCUGUGGACGAGGGGGACACAGUCAGGUUCGAGUAUCUCUGUCGCUAUCUCCUCAUCUCCGUGGACUCCGACAAUCUCAGGACAUCAUAUGUUUCGGUUGCCAUGACUAAGAAACAUGUGUUACCAUGGAUACAGCAACUGAAAGAUAUUCUAUGGAGAAGUUCUACCAUGCUUGGGUGUUUAAAACCCGAGAGCCACAACGACAUGAAGGUGAUCACGGUGCACCUCCGCCUCCUCAUCACGUUCACCAGCCCUGCAUCCUGGAAAAUACUCAAAGGAAAAACUGGAGAAGCCCUGACUCCUGGCAUGUCUCAACUCUGCAAUAACGUCAUGGGACACCUUAACAGUAAAGGCAUCUACAAGAUACUUCAAGGGCUACUGACGCGAGGUCUAGCUCGACCUAAGCCUGUCUUCACAAGAGCUACAUUGACUGCAAUCAUUACUCUGGCGUUGAGGCCGCUGAUGUCGGCCAACUUCUCGGACAACCUGUUGACGGUGUUCCUGCUGCACAUCCUGUCUGUCCCCGCCAUCAUCUACCACAUCUCCCACACGGCCCACGAGUGCAUGUCUUCACUGAUCACACAUCGGAUCUUCAAGCGGUGCUUGGACCUGAUGACCAAUGAACAGAGCACGCGUAUCAUCUUUAACUCACUGGAGGGAAACUAUGCCCUUUGUCUCAUGGCCAACCUGAUCCACCUGGGCUACACGGAGCUGGAGGGACUGGUGGAAAACACAUUGAACUUCAUGAUUGUUAUGAUCCGCUUACUUGAGAGCUGUAAGAUGUACGUCCAAAACAAGCGGUCGAACCUGACACACUGGCACCCUGUCCUGGGCUGGUUCUCCCAGAACACGGAUCAGAGCCUGCAUGAGGCAAUGCCGUACGUUGUGAAGCAGCUGCAGCUACUGUGGAGUGAGAGGAUGAUCCGCCUCUUGUUCUCCGUCCUCCUGGAGUACGUGGAGGCCACACAGAACAACUCCACGGCACACUCUCCCAGCUCACCCACCAGAAAUAUCCUGAAGAAAGCCCUGGUCAAGGCAUCGUCAUCAAAGACUGUCAACCCCAAGAUCAAACUGGACAGCUCCGUAGCGACGUCGACGUGCAUGCCGUGUGCCUUGUAUCGAACAGCCUUACAAACCCUCUCACAGCUCAGGUCGGACAUCCUUGGAGGUCUGAGCUAUAACGAAACCCUCCUGCCCAUCCUGUGGCGCUUCCUGUCCGACUUGGGCCCCAGUUGUGGGUUGAAGACAUUCCUGGAUCUGUUAGGCCAGGCGCCCAACUCGACCAUCCACCCCGUGUUCAGUCUCCUCACCCUCUUCUGUGAAACAUCCAGCCAUCUCAUCAUCACUCUGGAUGACAUGGAGAUGUACGAACAGCAGAAGGUAUUCAAGAUGCCCGACUUUGUCAAGAUGAGCGAGUUCCUCAACCUGUUUGUGUUCCGUGUCAUCUGGCACGGCCUCAUGGACAUCCAGACCGCAGGCUGGAGCGAUGUCUUUUCCUCGUCCUGGAACCUGCUGAUGAUCCUACACGAGCGUGAUGCUCGCCGCAGCUACACCCAGAACCACCACUGGCUGGUCCGGGACGUGAAGGCGAGUCACUUCAUGGGGGAGCUGGAGAGGGGCAGGAAGACGGUGCAGUUCCUCAUGCAGAAAGUCCCCCAUAUCAUUCCAUUCCACGAGAGAGUUAUAUUAUUCCGCAAGAAUGUGGCGAAGGAGAAGGAUGCCUUGGGUCUGACGGAGUCGGUGUGCACGUCCCCCCAGUCAACACUCAUCACCGUGCACAGGAGUCGCAUCGUUGAGGACGGGUAUCGUCAGCUGGCCCAGCUGCCGUCUCGAGCCAUGAAGGGGGUCAUCCGGGUCAAGUUCAUCAACGAGCAGGGGCUGGACGAGGCUGGUAUCGACCAGGAUGGAGUGUUUAAGGAGUUCCUGGAAGAGACCAUUGCCAGAGUGUUUGAUCCUGCACUCAACCUGUUCAAGGUGACCAGUGAGCAGAAGCUGUACCCCUCGUCCACAUCCUACAUCCAGGAGAACCACCUGGCGCUGUUUGAGUUCGUGGGCAAGAUGCUGGCCAAGGCUCUCUACGAGGGUAUUGUUGUAGACAUUCCAUUCGCCCCCUUCUUCCUGACGCAGCUCCUGGGGCGCCAACAGAGCUCCACCUACAGCUCGCUGGAUGAGCUGCCGUCCCUGGACCCGGAACUGGCAAAGAGUCUCACCUACAUCAAGCACUAUGAUGGAGACAUGUGUGACCUUGAGCUGACCUUCUCCUGUGACGAGGAUUGCAUGGGGCGGCUGGAGACGCACGAGUUGGUCCCUGGAGGGAAGGCCAUCUCCGUCACCAACGAGAACAAGAUCCGCUACGUGCACCUGAUGGCCCACUUCCGCAUGUACCGCCAGAUCAAGGAGCAGACCUUGGCCUUCAUCAGAGGGUUCAAGGCCGUUGUCAACCCUGACUGGUUACAGAUGUUCUCCGCCCCUGAGCUCCAGAAACUCAUCUCUGGGGACAACAUGGAGGUCGAUAUCGAGGACCUCAGGAGACACACCCAGUACUACGGUGGUUACCAUAACAACCACAAGGUGAUCAACUGGCUGUGGGAUAUCCUGGAGAAGGACCUCACAUUCCCAGAGAAGGGACUCUUUCUGAAGUUUGUGACCAGCUGUUCCAAGCCCCCUCUGCUGGGAUUUGCCAACCUGGAGCCACCCUUCUCCAUCCGGUGUGUGGAGGUCAGCGAUGACCAGGACACCGGAGACACGGUGGGCAGCGUCCUCAAAGGCUUUUUCAACAUCAAGAAGAAGGAUGCUGGUGGUCGCCUCCCGACGUCCUCGACAUGCUUCAACCUUCUCAAGCUCCCGAACUACUCCAAGAAGAGCAUUCUCCGUGACAAGCUCCGCUAUGCCAUUCACUCACACUCAGGAUUUGAAAUAUCAUGAUGUCAUCGUUCUACAUCUUCCUACCCAUCGACUUGCAUCUCAGCUGUUUAGAAGAAGAAGCUUUUGUUUUGGUCUUGAAAAUGUUUAAAUAAUGGAUUUAGAUUCGCUUAGGUCACAAGAUAUGGAGGGGGAAGUGGUAAUCAAAGGUGGUACCUGUAUCAGUGUGGCUUUCCUCCCACAUUAAGCUGAUGUGAUAUGAUAUGAUUGUUCAGAGCGGCAUUAAACCCACUUCACUCGUAGACACAUGUAUUUCAAUUUACGAAAUAUGAAUGCAAAUCUGAACCAAUUAUUUUGUUCAUUUUGAAUGCCUUAAAUUUUGGACUGAAAAAGAAAUUGUAUAUAGGUCUUCAGAAACAUACCCUCCAUGAAAGUCUUGUCCUGCUCCUACAGCAUGUAGUCUGAUCCCUAAUAGGACACUUGUCAAUACAACAGAGUUGCUUCCCUUUGCUGUGCUAGGAUGAUGGGUUCAAAUCCAAAAUUUUGCCUGUAAUAUUUGAUAUUGAAGCACCCUAGUUGAUAUUUUCCCAAGUUAUUUUGAGCGAUCCUAUCACUUUCAGCCAACAGUGUUAUUAUUUACUGUGCACCUUGUGUUCAGCAACGUUCAAAAGCACAUGUCACUCACUAUUGUUAACUAUUGUUGUUUUAGCCUCUCUAAAAUUGGUAUGAUGUCAUAUUAGGCCUAGGAGUUGAAAGAUGUACAUGUGUACUUUAGCAAUUCUCGUACUUACCAAAGCCAUGGAUUGUCAUAUAACGUAGGGAUGAUCCUAUUCCAACAGAUUCUGUCAAUACUGAUUAGACCACCUCCGUAGUGUAGUGGAUAGAGCGUCUUCAUUGAGAGUGGAAGGUCUUUGCUUCGAUACCUGACCACAUCAUACCAAAAGAUGAUGAAAGAGGAUAUUUGUUGUUACCCUGCCUUGUGCUCGGCAUUAAGGGGGUAAAACAUGUACUGGUCAGCUCGGAGUCAGUAUAGUGUGUCUGAGUGGGGUAUUCAUGUGAAAACUGCAGCGUGGUGUCUCAGGGGGCUAGCACGAUAAACCAGCAUUAGUCCGGACUAGGACAAGGCACCUCCGACCCAAUUCACCCACCCAUAAACACACGCACGCACGCACGCACGCAGGCACGCACACACACAUGCAUGUCACUAUAUAAGUGCAAUUGGAACAGUCUUGAGAGCACGUUGUUCAGCCCUAUUUCACCUCAUCUCAAACUUGAGCUUGACAAACUCCAGUUCUCAGUUCAUAUACUCAAGUCCAAUAAUCCCGCAGCUAGUAUUUCCUGGUAUGUACUCAGGUGAUGAGAUUCUUCCAUAUUCCCCGACAUACACACCACACUGAACCAUCUGCUUCACCUCCCACAGAUGAGAUUCUUCCAUAUUCCCCGACAUAAACACCACACAGGACCAUCUGCUUCACCUCCCACAGAUGAGAUUCUUCCAUAUUCCCCGACAUAAACACCACACAGGACCAUCUGCUUCACCUCCCACAGAUGAGAUUCUUCUCACAAUGUGUCGUCAACAGAGGCUGGAUGUUACUUUGGGUGUGUAUUGCACUGGUGUCUCAUGUUGUAAAUACAUUGUAGAGUUCAAGUGUGACAUGACACUUGGUUCCAGAUUGAAUGUACGGUAUUCCGGGGUGUCCUAUUUAUUGUGAUGUUACAGCGAGAUGAUCUAGUCCACACGUCCAUGUGUAUGUCGCCACGUAUGUAUGACACGUUUCCAUGGUGAUGGUGUCAAAAUGUCCUGUAAAAUCAGUCAACUUACAGUGGAACGUCCUUUCUCUGGAUCCUGUUAUUCCAGAAACCUCCCUUCCUUCUCAUGGGGAACUACGUCAAUGUAUAACACAUUCAGAUAAAUUCUUCAGAAAUGGUAUCGUCCAGAUUAACAAAGUUUCAUUUAUAAUGCUAAGUCUUUUCAGAACAGUGGAACAUUUUCACAUGACCAUGUCAGUUGCCUGAAACAGGACUUUUGAAGCAACAAAUACCGUAAAUCCUGGAAUAGACGCCUAAGUAGAGCCUUGUCACACAUUGGAUGGAAAAAAAAUGAGACAUUUGAAACAAAAUUGAAAAGCUAACCUUGAUGAAUUUCUCUGAGAACAGUAAAAGCUGCCUUGACUACGCUGGGUGUGAAGACCUGCUGUAAAUAAAAGCCCGGCAGUUAUUCAUAAACCUAAAUGUUGUACCAUAGAUCCUUGAUCUUGUGCCGCCAUUGUCAUGUUCACCAUGUGGCUGUUUAUGCCACACUGUAUAUAAUAAUCUACUGUAAAUAUAUGUUAUGUUUCGUCGAUCCAGGGGUAAAUACUACAUGUAGUCUUGACCCUAGAAAUUCAGACUAGUUACUGCAUGUCAUGGACAUGGACAGAUGAACCCUACCUUGUAGAGUUAGUGACUCCACACAUACACAAUAUAGAUGAACAUAUAUAUGCAAUGACGCAACUGGUGUACUAGUCCCUGUGCAGAGUUUAGUCCCCUGCUCGUUGCAGGAUCCGACGAUCAUGGUUUUGUGCAUGACUCUUGUCCUGGUGAUGGUCUUGGUUUGUCAGCACCAUACUUGUGUUUGUGGGUUUCCCCCAAGUGGUAAGUGCAUACAACCAGCAUUGCUAGCCUGGUGAGUUUUCUAAGCUGACAGGUGUAUCAGCACUUGCCAUGAACUUUGUAACCCCUGCACUGACUGUAGCCUAUUGUUACAUUGUAGUCAGCACUGACUGUAGCCUAGUGUUACAUUGUAGUCAGUGCUGACUGUUGCCUAGUGUUACAUUGUAGUCAGUGCUGACUGUUGCCUAGUGUUACAUUGUAGUCAGCACUGACUGUAGCCUAGUGUUACAUUGUAGUCAGUGCUGACUGUUGCCUAGUGUUACAUUGUAGUCAGCACUGACUGUAGCCUAGUGUUACAUUGUAGUCAGCACUGACUGUAGCCUAGUGUUACAUUGUAGUCAGCACUGACUGUAGCCUAGUGUUACAUUGUAGUCAGCACUGACUGUUGCCUAGUGUUACAUUGUAGUCAGCACUGACUGUUGCCUAGUGUUACAUUGUAGUCAGCACUGACUGUUGCCUAGUGUUACAUUGUAGUCAGCACUGACUGUUGCCUAGUGUUACAUUGUAGUCAGCACUGACAGUAGCCUAGUGUUACAUUGUAGUCAGCACUGACUGUAGCCUAGUGUUACAUUGUAGUCAGCACUGACUGUAGCCUAGUGUUACAUUGUAGUCAGCACUGACUGUUGCCUAGUGUUACAUUGUAGUCAGCACUGAUUGUAGCCUGGUGUUACAUUGUAGUCAGCACUGACUGUUGCCUAGUGUUACAUUGUAGUCAGCACUGAUUGUAGCCUAGUGUUACAUUGUAGUCAGCACUGACUGUUGCCUAGUGUUACAUUGUAGUCAGCACUGACUGUUGCCUAGUGUUACAUUGUAGUCAGCACUGACUGUUGCCUAGUGUUACAUUGUAGUCAGCACUGACUGUUGCCUAGUGUUACAUUGUAGUCAGCACUGACAGUAGCCUAGUGCUACAUUGUAGUCAGCACUGACUGUAGCCUAGUGUUACAUUGUAGUCAGCACUGACUGUUGCCUAGUGUUACAUUGUAGUCAGCACUGACUGUUGCCUAGUGUUACAUUGUAGUCAGCACUGAUUGUAGCCUGGUGUUACAUUGUAGUCAGCACUGACUGUUGCCUAGUGUUACAUUGUAGUCAGCACUGAUUGUAGCCUGGUGUUACAUUGUAGUCAGCACUGACUGUAGCCUAGUGUUACAUUGUAGUCAGCAUUGACUGUAGCCUAGUGUUACAUUGUAGUCAGUGCUGACUGUAGCCUAGUGUUACAUUGUAGUCAGCACUGACUGUAGCCUAGUGUUACAUUGUAGUCAGCACUGACUGUUGCCUAGUGUUACAUUGUAGUCAGCACUGACUGUUGCCUAGUGUUACAUUGUAGUCAGCACUGACUGUUGCCUAGUGUUACAUUGUAGUCAGCACUGACUGUUGCCUAGUGUUACAUUGUAGUCAGCACUGACUGUUGCCUAGUGUUACAUUGUAGUCAGCACUGACUGUAGCCUAGUGUUACAUUGUAGUCAGUGCUGACUGUAGCCUAGUGUUACAUUGUAGUCAGCACUGACUGUUGCCUAGUGUUACAUUGUAGUCAGCACUGACUGUAGCCUAGUGUUACAUUGUAGUCAGCACUGACUGUAGCCUAGUGUUACAUUGUAGUCAGCACUGACUGUUGCCUAGUGUUACAUUGUAGUCAGCAAUGACUGUAGCCUAGUGUUACAUUGUAGUCAGCACUGACUGUAGCCUAGUGUCACAUUGUAGUCAGCACUGACUGUAGCCUAGUGUUACAUUGUAGUCAGCACUGACUGUAGCCUAGUGUUACAUUGUAGUCAGCACUGACUGUUGCCUAGUGUUACAUUGUAGUCAGUACUGACUGUUGCCUAGUGUUACAUUGUAGUCAGCAAUGACUGUAGCCUAGUGUUACAUUGUAGUCAGUGCUGACUGUAGCCUAGUGUUACAUUGUAGUCAGCACCGACUGUAGCCUAGUGUUACAUUGUAGUCAGCACUGACUGUAGCCUAGUGUUACAUUGUAGUCAGCACUGACUGUAGCCUAGUGUUACAUUGUAGUCAGCACUGACUGUAGCCUAGUGUUACAUUGUAGUCAGCACUGACUGUUGCCUAGUGUUACAUUGUAGUCAGCACUGACUGUAGCCUAGUGUUACAUUGUAGUCAGCACUGACUGUAGCCUAGUGUUACAUUGUAGUCAGCACUGACUGUAGCCUAGUGUUACAUUGUAGUCGGCACUGACUGUAGCCUAGUGUUACAUUGUAGUCAGCACUGACUGUUGCCUAGUGUUACAUUGUAGUCAGUACUGACUGUAGCCUAGUGUUACAUUGUAGUCAGCAAUGACUGUAGCCUAGUGUUACAUUGUAGUCAGUGCUGACUGUAGCCUAGUGUUACAUUGUAGUCAGCACCUACUGUAGCCUAGUGUUACAUUGUAGUCAGCACUGACUGUAGCCUAGUGUUACAUUGUAGUCAGCAUUGACUGUAGCCUAGUGUUACAUUGUAGUCAGCAUUGACUGUAGCCUAGUGUUACAUUGUAGUCAGCACUGACUGUAGCCUAGUGUUACAUUGUAGUCAGCACCGACUGUAGCCUAGUGUUACAUUGUAGUCAGCACUGACUGUAGCCUAGUGUUACAUUGUAGUCAGUGCUGACUGUAGCCUAGUGUUACAUUGUAGUCAGCACUGACUGUAGCCUAGUGUUACAUUGUAGUCAGCACUGACUGUAGCCUAGUGUUACAUUGUAGUCAGCACUGACUGUAGCCUAGUGUUACAUUGUAGUCAGCACUGACUGUUGCCUAGUGUUACAUUGUAGUCAGCACUGACUGUAGCCUAGUGUUACAUUGUAGUCAGCACUGACUGUUGCCUAGUGUUACAUUGUAGUCAGCACUGACUGUUGCCUAGUGUUACAUUGUAGUCAGCACUGAUUGUAGCCUAGUGUUACAUUGUAGUCAGCACUGACUGGAGCCUAGUGUUACAUUGUAGUCAGCACUGACUGUAGCCUAGUGUUACAUUGUAGUCAGCACUGACUGUUGCCUAGUGUUACAUUGUAGUCAGCACUGACUGUUGCCUAGUGUUACAUUGUAGUCAGCACUGAUUGUAGCCUAGUGUUACAUUGUAGUCAGCACUGACUGUAGCCUAGUGUUACAUUGUAGUCAGCACUGACUGUAGCCUAGUGUUACAUUGUAGUCAGCAUUGACUGUAGCCUAGUGUUACAUUGUAGUCAGCAUUGACUGUAGCCUAGUGUUACAUUGUAGUCAGUGCUGACUGUAGCCUAGUGUUACAUUGUAGUCAGCGUUCACCAACAUUGUGUCUGCUAAUGUGUGUUUUACAUGUGAAUGAGUUAUCAGAUCAUGUCUAGAUGAAAGUCAAACAAAUUAUAGAGUACAUUGGGGUUUUUUAUUUUUGAAAUUGUAUACUCACAAAUGUCAUUCCUUGCACACUGCAAGUCAGUUUGUAGCUGCAGAUUCCAUGGCCCUGUAAUACCUCACAGUACUUCUAGUCGUAGCACCUUCACUUUAAUAAUUAUUCGUGUUCUCCACAUACUCUCUUCCUGAUCCGGAACUGCCUGGAUGUGUUUUUAGUCACUCCGAGGUUUACAAGAUCCACGAAGCCAUCGGUAUUUUAUUGCGUGUUCCUCAUCACCAACUGCUUCUAAGUUACCGCCCUGCUCGUUUUUAUACCCAUGGAUUCACCUGCUAGAAAAUAUAUAUCAUCCCUCCCUGGAAACAAUUCAUGAAUUUCCCGAUGUCAUGAAAGAAAUCCACUGUAUUUUGUUGAAAUGAUAUUUGAAGAAGAAAACUACUCUGGUUAUUGGUUGUAUCUGUCUCUAACUUCCCACACCGAUAACACAACCAUUGCACUUCAAAUGUAGUACAAACACCAAAUUGUGCACUUUUCUUUAACAACACAUCUUUUCAGUGGUAUACGACCCAAUUAAAGCAGGGCGGUCGGGUAGCCUAGUGGUUAAAGUGUUGGCUCGUCACGCCAAAGACCCCGGGUUAGAUUCCCCACACAGGUACAAUGUGUGAAGCCCAUUUCUGAUGUUCCCCGCCAUGAUAUUGCUGGAAUAUUGCUAAAAACAGCAUAAAACCAUACUCACUCACUCAUCCAAAGUCAGGUUUUUUUUGCCAACUGAAUGAAGGUGAGAAUCACACAAUAUUGUAUGGAUGGCCUGACUCCAUGUAUGGUGUGAACCUAUGUUAGUAAGGAGAGACGGGGGUAGGCAAGCAGGUCAAGUGGGCCCUCAUCAAGCUGGAGUUUCAUUCCCUGUGUUUGAAGCUCAUGCCUCUUGUGAAGUUCUACAAAAUCAGUUUAUGUUUGGUUAUUGCCAACACCAUGUUUACGCCGACAUUGGAGGACUGCUAGAUCUGUUGCAGGGUUAUGGAAUGUGUAGCACCUAGUCUCCUAGAGAGAACAUAUCUCAGGUUUGUGUUUUUUCUUUAUGACAUUCCGUUCAACUAUGGUGGCAAAGACUUACAUUCACUUUAUCCAUGGUGACAAGUUGACUUGAUUCAUGGUGACAAGUUGACUUCAUCAACCAUGGUGACAAGUUGACUUCAUCAACCAUGGUGACAAGUUGACUUCAUCAACCAUGGUAAAAAAGUUGACUUCAUCCUUGGUGACAAGUUGAUGUAACCAUGGUGACAAGUUGACUUCAUCAACCAUGGU